UAUCAAUAGAUGCUUUCUACAAUUCUGGGCUCAAAUCGGUGGUCUCUUGAUUCCCAUGGCCAUUAUCCUCCUCAUCAACAUUGUCAUCUUUGUCCUGGUGGUUCGACAGUUGCUCCGGUCAGCCAACAUCGGCGGUCGGGCGAAGAGAGAGGCUAAGGCAGAACGUCGAGAGACUAUCGAACGCGUCCAAAACGCGAUCUGCAUCUUGCUUCUGCUCGGUCUGACCUGGGUUACCGGAUAUCUUCUUUUAAUCCCGUUAUUUAGUCAGGUGGCUCAGCCAAUCUUCGUCGUCCUCAACUCCUUCCAAGGAUUGUUCAUCUUUCUACUCUACUGCGUCCGGAAGCCUUUUAUCCGUAAGAAAUGGGGGCUAACUUGUUUCGAAAAGUUCCUAAAGAAUGAAGCAAGCACUUCCAGCGGUGUGGUGAGCUCAACGGUGCCACCUUCGUCAUCUGGCGUGAUAAGCAAAUUGCGUCCAGGAGCCUCGGAUAAUUACUUGAUGCCUUUCAAAGACGACAAUCCUGAUUCUAUGUGUAUGUUCAAUCCGGCCUUUGAUGUUAGCCAGGUUGAGGAAGGAGUAACACUACCCAUGAACAAAGAUAUCCAGAGUUCCACCGAGGAACAGAAGAAGGACACGAAUCGUGAUGCAACAAUCAGUGAUGUCAUGACGGUUAGUCUCCCUCUUGAUGCAUCUGUCGCAAAUGUCACUGAGAGAGGUGAUGGUGUUUUCUCCACCUAGGAUGCUGACACGGUCAUUGUUACUCUAGAUUCAACUGAUGCCAGCAAAGCUUUUGACGGUAACGAUUGUGUUGCUUCCACCAACAAUAAUGCUGCCGUCUAAGGAUGCAGAGAAUGGCACCAAACACAGAGGGCUUUUAUUCAAUAGUUUUUCAAGCAAGAAUAAGGUUUUAAGAGAACAUUUUGUUCCAUUGGAAUACUAGGCAGGGGAGGGGUGGAGUAGACUGGGUGUCGGCUGAACCCCUUUCCCCUCUCCCGAUCACAUUGCAAUUGCCAAUAUACCGUCACCACAUAUUCGGGCAACACGGUGUUGUUAUU